AUGGACAUGGACGCAACCCGCACCCGCUUCCGGCGGACCUUCGCCUACCAAGCCGACCCCCACGACGAAUCCUCCUCGUCGGCCCUCGACGAGACGGAGCAGGAAGACGUGAUCCACUCGCUCUCGACGCAGAACCACCAGACCAACUCGCAGUUCCGGCUCUUCCUGCUCUGCCUGCCCGUCUUGUCCUCGAUCCCCUACCUGCUCGCCGUCGCCCACCCGGCCUCCCAGGGCAUCUCGCGCACGGUGGCCGUGCUGGGCCUGACGAGCCUUGCCGUCACCACCUGGCUCCUCUGGUCGCAGGUCCCCGGCGUCACGGGCAUCGCGUUCCUGGACCGCUUGGCCGCCAGCACCGGCGCCGAGGAUACGAUACACGGGGACCACGGACACCACAUCUCGACGAGGCGGAGGAGCAGGCGGGAGAGCUUCUCGAUUCCCACCGCCGUGUCCGUGGCCAAGACCAAGUCGCCGCUCGAGGUCUGGCUUCCCUACCUGAACUUGGGCCUGUGUGGCACGUUAGUUCUGGCGGGGUUGUUUGCGCCGAGUGCACGUCGGGGAGGUAGUUGGGGUCAUGUUGGGCUUGCCAAUCUGCCUGGUGUCGUGUACGUGGUCGUGUUGGCUGCCAAAAUGCUGAUGGGCGGCGUGGACCCCGAAAAGGAGCUGAGUGGCCUAAAGUAUGACUUCAAGGGCGCAUAA